GUGAACGCUCUCCGCACGCGGGAACUUGAGGCGUCACCAUGGCAACGGCAAACCGCAGACGGGAAGUGUUCUUAUCGGUCCGGACGGUGACGUGAAAACAGGAAACGCGACGAAUACUUUCCACAUGCGCCGUAGCGCAUUAGGCGCACUACCCGGCAUACGUUGCAACAUUCUGGUGAGAGAAGCGACUCCUCAAAGGAACUCCGCACGGGCGCCUCUGGGCCGCAUCAAACUUCGCCUCGAACGAGACGACCUCGGUCGUCCAGAAGGGGCGGGGGGACAAAAAGAGAGAAAGAAAUAGCGGUACAAAGGAGAAUCUUUUGACAUUUGAGAGAAACAAAUGAUAGACAAGAGAGUAGUCAAGAACUCCAAAAAGCAGCAAAAAGAACCGUGUGAGUGCUAAGAAGAAGAAAAAUAACUUUCUUUGGGUUUCUCAAGAGCAAAGCGAGAAAAAGAGAGAAGGCGAGUGUCGGGGGGGGGGUGGAAGGAGAGCUGACGGAGGAGAAGGAUGAAGCGUUGGGGGGCCGCGCUCUCGGUCUGGCUGCUGUGGUCCGUCUUGGAGGCGUCGUCCUCGUCGUCUCCCGGUGCCGCCGAAGAAUGUUCCGGCAUGUCCACGCGUCUCCGGGCCUUCCGGCUGAAGGUGUCGUGCAACGCCAGCGCUCUGAACGACAAACAGGCGAAGGAGAUCCAGGCCCCGGCCACCACGCUGUACCUCCCGGGGCUCUACCUCCUGGCCUUGGUCUUGGGUCUGCCGGCCAACCUGCUGGCCCUCUGGAUCCUGGCCUUCAGGACCGAGCGCCUCCCGUCCACCGUGCUGCUCAUCAACCUGACGGCGGCGGACUCCCUGCUGCUGCUGGCGCUGCCCUUCCGCAUCGCGUACCACUUGCGAGGGAGCCACUGGGACCUGGGCGAGGCCCUGUGCCGCACGGUCACGGCCAUCUUCUACGGGAACAUGUACGGGUCGGUGCUGUGCCUGGCGCUGGUGGCCCUGGACCGUUACGUGGCCCUGGCGCACCCGUUCGGCGCCAAGACCCUGCGCGGCCGGCGGACGUCGCUGCGGAUGACGGCGGCGGUGUGGGCGGCGGUGGCGGCGGCCAUGUUGCCGCUGCUGCUGUCGCAGCAGACGUACGCGCUGGAGCGGCCCCGCAUCACCACCUGCCACGACGCGCUGCCCCAGCGGGAGCAGGAGAACUUCUUCCUGCCCUACUUCGCCACCCUCUUCACGCUGGGCUUCUUGCUGCCCUUCGCCGUCAUCGUGUUCUGCCACUGCGGCGUCCUGCGGGCGCUGCUGGCCGAGGGCGAGCGCUACGCCCGCGCCGUGCGGGUCACGCUGCUGGUGCUGCUGGUGUUUGUGGUCUGCGUGCUGCCCAGCAACGUCCUGCUCCUCCUCACCUACGCGGCCGACGGCGACGGCCUCGGCCAAGACGUCUACGUGCCGUACGUGCUCAGCUUGGCCCUCAGCGCCUUCAGCAGCUGCGCGGACCCUUUCAUCUUCUACUACGUGUCGGCCGAUUUCAGGGAAAAGGCCAGAGGCGCGCUACGCUGCCGGGGAGGCGCUCCGCCGCCGGACCAAGCGCCCCGCGAGGCGUCCUACUCCUCGUCCGGGCCCGGGACAAAAGUCACCCUGUUGUCCGUCUCCGCGCGGAACUCUGUCAGGAUCUGAGUGUCGUCGUGCCACCGAGCUCGUACGUUCGCACCGGACGACGAGUCACGUGACCGCAUCCGCUCGCCACCUCGAUGGCAAAGUCCAAGGUUGCCUCGUCCGCUCAUGUCAAAGAUGAGCGUGGACUUCCCGGGACGUCCUUCAGACCCUCCCUCGCAUCCACGGCAACAAUUUCAUCAAAGGCAAAACGGAACAGCGUCACUUGGUGGACAUGAAUACCUGAACAUGUUUACCACCGUUUUACAUUUUGCUUCGACACGUGUGUAAUGUGAAUUAAGAUGUUUCUUGCACGCAAAAAUGUGUCAAUUAAAAAAAAAAAGAUAGUCGCUUCUG